CGCCAAUAUGAACACCCACUGAAGCUGCACAAGGCAAUGGCAGUCGUGCCCUGACGUGCACUCGGCCUGUGAUUCUGACUACUGAUCGUUGAAUCUAGGCAAUUUUAUGCGAAUGAGGGUCAAACACAUAUGGUGAGUGGGACAGGGAUCCGUCGAGAUCAUGAAUCAGUCAACUUCAGGGAAAGAAAACCACCAUGUUGUUGUUACAAGCCUUCUAUUAUGCAAUAUGUUAGAAUCUCUGCUUCAUCCAUCAGCGCUGCUGUUCGAAGCGCGCCAUCAGGGGUUUUCGUGAUCCAUCCCAUGUACAGAAGUGAUGCUGGUCAAAACAAUGCCAGCACAGAUCAUCCCUACUUUUCUCUCCUCAAGGUGAUGCCAACGUCACAACAACGUCAGAACGCCUGCAAAGAAUCUCCUUUCCGCUCAUCAAGGAACAAGAUGCAAGUACUCUGUACGGGAGAGUGACGUCUUGUCAGGGCCUGCUCAGGAGUGAAGAGUGAUAAAACAAUG